AUGAACGCGCACGCUGCGUCUCAAACUGCCGAACACAGUCCUCACAGUCGCCGCCCGAUCGCGCGGCCUCGCUACCGCGUUUCCGCAGUAGCGGCGGCAGCCGCAAUUGAGGUCGCGAGGGUAAUCAGAAACGACUGCUCCCCGUUUCCCCUUCGCGCCUCCCCGUUUCCCCUUCCCGCCUCCCCAAUUCCCCUUCCCGCCGCCCCAUUUCCUCUUCCCGCUCCCCAUUACCCCUUCGCGCCUCCCCAUUUCCCCUUCCCGUUCCCCAUUACCCCUUCUCGCCUCCCCAAUUCCCCUUCCCGCCACCCCAUUUCCUCUUCCCGCUCCCCAUUACCCCUUCCCGCCUCCCCAAUUCCCCUUCCCGCCACCCCAUUUCCUCUUCCCGCUCCCCAUUACCCCUUCCCGCUCCCCAUUACCCCUUCCCGCCUCCCCGUUUCCCCUUCCCGCUCCCCAUUACCCCUUCGCGCCUCCCGUUUCCCCUUCCCGCCUCCCCAAUUCCCCUUCCCGCCACCCCAUUUCCUCUUCCCGCUCCCCAUUACCCCUUCUCGCCUCCCCAUUACCCCUUCCCGCCUCCCCGUUUCCCUUUCCCGCCUACCGAUCCUCUCUUCCUACCAGCCCAUCUCCCUCACAUUAUCUGCACUCUCCUCUCUCCUACCCUCUUAUCACCUUCCGUGCUUUUUGUACCAUGUCCUGAACCCCGCCAUCCAGUGGCGUGUCCUUGAAGCUAUCGCCACUCCGUUGCUGCAAGUGCUGCUGAGGCCGAGUGCUCGAAGUUUGUGCGAGCAAAGGCCAGCACUGGGAGGGACCUUGCCUCUUAGCUCCUCGCUUCCUGCACUUCGUUAUCUGCGCGUGCUCCUCCCACCUCCCCGGGCGGGCUCUUCUAGCCGACCCGCCACCCUAUCUCUCCCCUUCCCUCUCCCUGCCUAUGCACCUCCUAUCCCUGCCUAUGCACCUCCUAUCCCUGCCUAUGCAUCUCCUUUCCCUACCUAUGCAUCUCCUUUCCCUACCUAUGCAUCUCUCUUCCUUGCCUUCACAUCACCCCUCCAUGCCCUCGCAACCAUCUCUCCCGCCUCCCCUACCUGCCUUCAAAACCCUUCUUUCACCUGCCAUAACUUUUCAUCCACUCCCAUCCCCUUCAAGCCCCUCCCAUCCCAUCCCCUUCCAGUCCCUCCCAUCCCAUUUCAAACCCUUCCAUUCCCCUUCCAGUCCCUCCCAUCCCAUUUCAAACCCUUCCAUUCCCCUUCCAGUCCCUCCCAUCCCAUUUCAAACCCUUCCAUUCCCCUUCCACCCCUCCCAUCCCAUCCCCUUACAGCCCCUCCCAUCCCCUUCCAGCCCCUCCCAUCCUUUGCAGGUGACGAGGAUAGGGUUGAAAAUGAUGAGGAUGAAUGUGACAUUGAGGGGUGCGAAAGAGAACGGGAAUUGCCCAUCGAGAUAGAUUUUGCAAUGAGGGCGUGA